UAUAGUUUUACAAUCCGGAAAUACAUAUUGUUUUCGUUGUAUCAGGGAGGACUGGGCUACAUUGAGUUCACCUUUCCCCUAAAAAGAAAUGGGUUUGGAAAGUGAGGUAACCCAAAAAAAGGCAGCUGGAAGUUCGGGUCCAGAAACUGAUGUUGACCCACAGACCCCGGUAUUGCGCAUCAGCCAGCUGGAUGCCCUUGAGCUAGACUCGGCCCUUGAGCAGCUGCUAUGGACCCAGUUCUCCCAGUGCUUCCAGAACUGCCGACCGGGCCUGCUCACCCCACUGGAGCCGGAAUUGAGGGCACUGCUCCAGCUGCUGCUGUGGAGAUUCACACUGUAUUCUAGCAGUGCCACUGUGGGGCAGUCUUUACUGAGCCUGCACUACCACAACACCUUGUCCUCGUCUCCACGUUACAGACCUCUGUCCCGCAGGCAGAAGCUGGUCCUGGCCCUCCUCACUCUAGGUCCACGCUGGCUCCAGGAGCGUUCCCACAGCCUGCUUCUGUGCUUGGGGUUGAGCGCAGGAGGGCCUGUGUCUGAAGGAGACAGUGGUUUUCUCCAGCAGGGUCUCCGCAGUUGCCUGACCCUUGUUUCUAGUAUCUCCCAGCUCACAAGUCUCAUCAACUUCCUUGUGUUCCUAAGGAAAGGUCGCCAUCCUGUCCUGGCUGAAAGGAUUGCAGGCGCUCGGGCGGUUUUCAGCAAGCCCAACGUGGUCCGGGACGUAACCUACCAGUACAUGAACCGUGAGCUGCUGUGGCACGGCUUUGCUGAGUUCCUCAUAUUCCUGUUACCACUGAUCAAUACAAGGAAACUGAAGGCAACAGUGUCUUCGAUUAUUUUUGGGGGAGAAAGCGCCAUUGGGGAGGGAGCAACAGAAGGGCAAGGGGUCUCGAAAGAGUGCGGACUGUGCGGAGAGUGGCCAACCAUGCCUCAUACGAUUGGCUGCCGACAUGUUUUCUGUUACUACUGCAUCAAAAGCCACAGUAUUGCAGAGGCUUGCCUCACCUGUCCCAAAUGUGGAGCAGAGGCAGGACACCCUGAGCCGGUCAAGAUGGAGGUAGAGAUGAUUGGCAGGUGAUGAUGUGAGGAAGCUGUCAUGAGUGAGUUUGUUUUGAAAUUGCAGGGACGAGAAGUUAAAAUGGUGGUUCAUAUAUUUAUAGCUGUACAAAUGGAAUAACCACCACAUAACCACUAACUACCUUUGUUCAAUUAUGUUAAUGAUUCUUAAGAUUACCGCAUUUUGAUGAAAACAUAUUAAAUCAUUAAUGUUAUCAUAUAAAGAUAUUUUGUAACGACAGGAUUAUAUGAAAACGGAAAGGGGUUUAAGGGGUUCUGUGAGCCUCCCUCCUUUUGGAAAGAUUCACGAGGUAGUCGUGUAUGAGUUUAUGACUGGACUUCAGUCUUUAUGAUGUCUGUGUCUUUUCUGAACACACAUCGACCUGCUAUGUUUAAUGUAUGUGUGCAUAUAUUGACAAUCCUCUGCCCCUUCCGUUUCUCCGGCUGGACUUUGGACAGAACUAUUUGUCUUUGGUGCACUGGACAGACUACAGAGAACCACACAGAGCAUAUAUUUGAUGAGUGAACGUGUUGAUUUAUGCUCCAAAUUGGCUGUGUGUUAGUACGUGUGUAUGAGUGUGUGUGUGUUUGUUGAAAUGGGAAUAUUUGUUCUGAUGAAAAAUGCAGAAAGUCAGCUGAAUAAAUAAUGGGAGGAAUUUCUGAUGCCUCUCAUCAUGGCCAAAUUA